AUGCAGUCGCUCAAGCAGAAGCUCAAAGACACCAAACUUCACGAUGCCAAAAUCGAAGCCAUCCAUCUCAAGCACAAGAUAGGCAAGCUCAAGAACAUUAUCAAUCCCAAUCAUCGACAUGACGAGGAACAUGAAAAAGCCACUGAUCAAAAGAGAGCUGCUAUUUGCGACAGUCAUCGCUUCAAAUCCUAUUUUCCGGAGCGAGAUAACAACAAGAUCAAAUGGUAUGUCGAUGGUCGUGACUACUUCUGGGCCGUCUCUGUCGGCCUGGAAAACGCCAAAGAGACCAUCUAUAUCGAGGACUGGUGGCUCUCUCCCGAGCUCUUCUUGCGACGCCCACCCUUUUUCUGUCAGGAAUGGCGUCUCGACCAGGUCAUCAAACGAGCUGCCGAGCGGGGUGUCCAGGUUUAUGUGAUCGUGUAUAAAGAAGUUCAGCAAGCGUUGACCUGUAACUCGGCUCAUACAAAACAUGCUUUGAGAGCUCUCUGCCCAGAAGGCUCGCCCGGCCAUGGCAAUAUCCACGUGCUGCGCCAUCCGGAUCACAACGUCUUCGAGAAUAUGGGAGACAUGACCUUCUACUGGGCACACCACGAGAAAUUCAUCGUCAUCGAUUACCACCUUGCUUUUAUCGGUGGGUUGGACUUGUGUUUUGGAAGAUGGGAUUUGCGCCAGCAUCUCCUUGCUGACGUCCAUCCGUCUGGCGUCGUCAACGAACUUUUCCCCGGCCAAGACUUCAACAACAACAGAAUCAUGGACUUUCAAACCGUGUCAGAUUGGUCCAACAACGAACUCAACAAGACCGACUACGGCCGUAUGCCCUGGCACGAUGUGGCCAUGGGUUUGGUCGGUGAAUGUGUCGUCGACAUCGCCGAACAUUUCGUCCUUCGCUGGAACUUUAUCAAACGCGACAAAUACAAGCGCGACGAAGGCGUCGACUAUCUGUGCAUGACCACGCGCGCAAGAGCCGACGGCUCCAACGAGGACGAAGACCUGAUCUCGAUCCAGCGCCCCAAACAUCCAGUCGGCAAAUACAUCGAGCAUCCACUUAGCCCUCUCGAGUCCAAAGGCCUUCAGAACGUGGGUAGUGUGCAUGCACAACUCGUUCGUAGCAGCGACGACUGGUCCAGUGGCAUUCUCAAUGACCACAGCAUCCAAAAUGCAUACGCCGAAGUCAUCGAGAAUGCCCAACACUACAUCUACAUUGAGAAUCAAUUUUUCAUCACGGCGACCGGGGAGGAACAAAAGCCCAUAAACAAUACCAUUGGCCGUGCCAUCGUCAACGCCUGCGUGCGUGCCGGCAAGGAAGGCCGCAAAUUCCGCGUCAUCAUUGUCAUUCCCGCCAUCCCAGGUUUCGCGGGCGACCUCCGCGACGACGCCGCCAUCGGUACCCGUGCCAUCAUGGAUUACCAGUACAAAUCCAUCCAUCGCGGCGAACAGAGCAUCUGUGGACAGAUAGCCAAGGCCGGCCUCGACCCCUCGCAGUACAUUUUUGUGUUCAAUCUGCGCGCGUACGAUAGGAUCGACAAGACCCCGACGCUGAUCCAACAAGAAAAAGAAUCCGGAGUCUCGUACCAGCAGCUCCAGCGUGCCGAGGCCGAAGAGAUCAUGGGCAGCGGGAUCCACGGAUACGAGGGCGAGAGGCGAGAAGGUGAAGCACGUGGCGCGGGCCCUGGUGCCAGCGAAGACGAAAAGCACAGUAUCAUUGACCGCAAGCGGAAAUUCGAGGCCGCCAGGCACCAACUCGACGUCAAAGACCCCGUCACAUCGGCCGAAAGCAUCGCCGAGGACGCCAUGGCCCGUGGCGGCCUCGUGUCCGAAGAGCCCUGGGAAGGCGACCCGGAAGACGAGAAGGCCCACUUCGUCCAGGAAGAACUGUACAUCCACGCGAAAUUGCUCAUCGUGGAUGACCGUACCGUGAUCUGCGGGUCCAGCAACCUGAACGACCGAUCGCAGAUGGGCUCGCACGACAGCGAACUCAGUAUCGUCAUGACCGACACCCGCACCAUCGAGUCCACCAUGGACGGGAAACCCUACCAAGCCGGCUUCCACGCCGCCACGCUCCGCCGACACAUCUGGCGCGAACAUCUCGGCAUUAUCGAGGCCCAGGGUCCCGAUGCGUCCGAGGACCCCAACGCCCAGCCUCCGACCGUGUGCAUGAACGACGACUACAGUGGCGAGGAAUGGGAAUUCGUCGCAGACCCGCUCGGCGACGCUCUUUGGGACAAGUGGAAGACGCAGGCCACCGUCAACACGGAUAUUUACAGACACCUCUUCCGCGCGGAUCCGGAUGACCACAUCAAGACGUGGAAGGACUAUGACGACUUCGCCCCGCGCAAGACGAUCAAGCAAGGCCAUCUGCAUGAUCCGCACAUGCCGGCCGCCAUGGUGCGCAAGGAGCUCGACAAAAUCCGGGGCCAUCUCGUCUGGAUGCCGCUGGAUUUCUUGUGUGAGGAGAACAUGGCGGAACGAGGAAUGCAGGUUAAUGCUUACACCGAGUCUAUCUAUACUUGA